AUGCAGCUAAUAAAGCCUAGAUACCUCAACCCUCCCGAGGCCAUCCAGCAAGUCAUCCAGGCACAUGCCCGUCGCAACGGAACGAUAUGGAAGUCUGUCCAGCUCCCCGAUGGGGCCUCCGCGUCGUGGUUCGGGAAACCGGAUGCGGAACGGUUGAUUCUUUACUUGCCUGGUGGUGCAUAUUGUUUUCCUAUCGUGCCGGGUCAUAUUAGCUAUAUCGAAGCUGUUGUUACGGGUUUGAAGCAUAGUGGCAUCGAUGUGGGAGUGCUCCUGGUGCAUUACGACCUAGCUCCGAGAGCUCGACCGCCGCGUCAACUGGAGCAAGCUGCGGCCGCCCUUCGAUAUGCCAUUGAGACGUUGGGGAAACGGCCGUCGGAUAUCAUACUCAUGGGGGAUUCCGCGGGGGGCCAUCUCAUUCUUUCAGUUCUGUCUCAUCUGACGCAUCCGCAUCCUGAUAUUCCGGCGUUCUCGUUGAGGGAGAAUCUAGCGGGCGCGCUACUGCUCUCGCCGUGGAUGGUCGACCGGACUGAUCAUGAGAGUCAUCAUACCAAUGCAGAUCAGGACUCCCUUUCCCAGGGAACGUUGACCUAUUGGGCUGAGAUAUAUCUCGGCGAUACGGAACCGGAUAAUUAUAGUCAACCAGCGGACGCGCCGACAGGAUGGUGGAAGGUCUUACCGGUGGAAAAGAUCUUCAUCGGGGUGGGAGGGGAUGAGGUGAUGCUUGGGUCGACCGUGGCGAUUGCGAGGAAGAUUGAGGCGGAGCAUGCGGGCGUUACUCUUAGUGUUGCGCAUCGGGAGUAUCACUGUCAAUCGAUUAUGUCCUUUGGAUUAGGGGUUGCUCCGGGGGAGCAGUAUGGUGUUACGGUGGGUUGGUUGAAGAGUACUUUGUCCAGGUGA